AUGAGCGGCUUCGAUGUUGUAGGUGUUGAACUAGGUGCAAUACCUCUGAUCAUAUCGGCUCUUAAGAAAUACAAAAAUACUAGCCGUCGACUGAGAUACGCGAGACAAAAGGAGGAGCUCGUCAAUGAGCUAACUCGCAGCCUUAACGAGCAGCAUUGUUUCGUCAAAGGAGAUCUGUAUUUGAUAUUAAAAGGGGCUUUUCUCGAAGAUGACAAGAUUGAUAGGUUUCUCAACCAGCCAGACUCUUCAUUGAAUGAGCUUUUCAACAACCAGGCGCUUGUACAAGAAGUCGAAGAAUGCCUAGGAGACUGGUAUACACCCUAUAUCACCGCACUGGGUCGGUGCACAACUAUGCUGAUGGCCAUCGCGAAGAGUCUCACUGGAUUAUAUUCGGACAGUCAGGCAGGGCUUUCAACACUUAUCAAAGCGAAUCCUCCAAAAAACGGGUUAUACGAAUUUGGAAGACGGAUCAAUUCAGUCUGGCAAAAGAUGACCUGGAGUUUCAAAUCAAUGAACUGA